AUGAAGUGGGUCUUUUUGUGCGGCUAUACGGCGCUGGUGGCAGGGGCGGUGGGAUUGGGGUUCAUGCGUCACUUUCGCCUCGCCGCGGGGCCGCCACGGGUGAGUUGGAGCGGCCUCCUCUUCGGCCACCGCGGCUGUCGAAAGGUGAGGGGGAUCCCGGAGAACACGCUGAGGGCGUUUCAGUACGCCUUCGACAACGGCUGCAAGGGUGUGGAGUGCGACGUCCGGCUCACCAAGGAUGACGAGGUCGUUGUCUUUCACGAUAAUAACAUCGACGGCCAGCUGGACUGCCCCCAGGGCCGCAAGCGCAUUGACGAGCUCACCCUGAAGGAACUCAAAUCCUAUCGUUAUCUGGAGGACCCAACUGGAAAGAUCCGGGUGCCGACGCUCGAGGAAACUGUGCUGCUCUGUCGCAAGAGCCGGACAAAGAUUCUCAUCGAGGUGAAAGACCUGCGGAAUAUUCGUCGAUGUGUUGACAAGAUUCUCACACUUUAUCAACGUUACCCAGAGUAUAUGUACGAGCAGACGACGAUUAUUUCGUUCAAUCCGAUAGUCCUUUACUACAUACGUCAGCUCGAUGCCAAGGUGGCGACAGGCUCAAUUUACGAGCGGGAAUUUAUCCGAUAUUGUAUUAAUUCGAAAGUGGAUGAGAUUCCACGCAUUUUGCACAUCUGGCCGGCGUUUUUCGAUUGUGUCUUGUUGCAUUUUCAGGAGUGGGUGGCCUCUUGGUUCUUGGGAUGUUCCUUGAUGUGCCCUGAUUACAGGCUCUAUAGUGAAGCUAAACAUCGGCGAUGGCAAUCACAAGGGAUUACACUGUAUUUCUGGGGUUUUGAGGAUAAUACCGUCUGCACUCCGGAGUUUAAACAGCCUGGAAUCUUCAUUGCUGCCGACGAUAAAUACGAGGGGUUUAAAUAA